CGCUUUGCGUCGUAGCGCAACAAUCGCAACCUGAAACCUGAUCGCAUCGUUGCAACUUUGAUGUCAGCUGCGCUUGCUUGCAAUUAGAAGCACAGGCUUGUGAAAACACUUAGUUUCUUCGUGUGCCACCAUAAUUUGGAAAACAUUUCGAAAUUUGCAGAUUGAACUCCUGAGCUAGUUUUUACCAGCUGACAGCUCCCUCACGAAAAUGGAGUGGAUUUCAAGCGACAAAUUCAUUUUCCGCAAAGGACUCGAGUGCAGAGGAAUCUCUAAUGGCCUAUUAAAGAACGAAUUCUACCUCACUGUGAACGGCAAGAGAACCUCACUGCGCAAUGUCCAAGAGGGUUCCGUUGUCCAAGUUGUCCCCAGAGUUCUUGGAGGUAAAGGAGGCUUCGGCUCCAUGCUUAGAGCCAUUGGUGCGCAAAUUGAAAAAACAACAAACAGAGAAGCGUGUCGGGACUUGAGUGGACGCCGUUUGCGAGACAUAAAUGAGGAAAAGAGGUUGAAAAAUUGGAUCAACAACAAAGCUGAAUUAGAAAAGGAGCAAAAAGAGAAAAAGCGGAAGAAGCUAGAGAAGAUGGUGGAAGAGCCAAAAGUCGAGUUCAAAGAUUCCAGAUAUGAUGAGGCAAGGUCGGAAAUGACAGAGAAAGUGGCGGAUGCACUUGAGCACGGAUUGAAGGCAGCUUCCAGUUAUUCUGGAGUUAAGAGGAAAUCCGACACAGAUUUGCAACCCAAGAAAAAGAAGAAAAUAUGGGGCAUGGAUGAUGACUUGAGUGGCUCUGACAGCAGUUCUGAAGAUGAAGACUCUGCGAAGUCCUUAAGUAGUGACAAGUAAAGCACAUAGUCUUGGUUAUGUGAUUUGAAACUCGCAGUGGACUGAAGUUAUCUUAACUUUACUAAUAUAUACUAUGCGAAGAUGAAACACACUGGCAAGGUGAUAGCAAUUGUUUAAGCAAAAUUUCCCGCAAAAUUAUUAAAAGUAGCAAAGAAAAAGGA